AUGUCCAAGUCAUGGUUCGAAGGCAAAGGCAGGAAUCCUCGUUCAAAGGACACCAGUAAACAAUCCGGCUCUCAAUCAAACGCUUCAAACCCAAGUACAAGCAGCCGCUCGGACAAAGUGCGCGAUACCGCCAUUCCGAUACUGGAGCUCGUCGCCAACAUCUCAGAAGGAUCUGAUGCGCUUGCCUCUCUCAAAGCAGCAUGUAGAGCCACGAAGCAGAUCCUUGAGAUAACACGCGCUGUCCGGAACAACAAGGAAGAUUGGAAACGUCUUUCUGAGCGUCUUCAAGGCCAUUUGGAGUCGAUGGAGAGCCAGGUCAUUCGCUUUGGAGAGUAUCCCGAGGAGAAUCGCAAGGUGGACGACACUUUACUCCAACCACUACUGGUCUAUGUCAGGCAGGUUCAUUCCCCAAGGGGGAAACUCGAUGAGAUACAGACGGCAGUCGAAGCACGAACGAGGUCUCGGCUGCUGUCUCGAGCAAUGAAAGUGGACAUGGACGCAGGUGAUAUUCGACAAUUUCAUCGCGACAUUGAUGAUUGUCAUCAAAGACUUACAGAUGCUCUAGCCGUAUCGUCUUUACUUCAUAUUCAAGCUAUCAAAGGUGACACCGAGGCAUUGAUAGCGGAUACGCAAGGUAUCAAAGAAGAUGCCAAGACUCUUUUGAAAGAUGCGGACCUAGUUAUCAUUUCUCAGCUCCCGAUUGUGCUCUCGACAUCACUGAUGGUGCACAAUCGCUGCAAUCCGGGAACUCGAGAGACUGUUCUCGACUCCAUCCGUCGUUGGGGACACGGCGAGUUUUCCGAGCCAAUUUUCUGGCUUUGUGACAUCGCUGGUUCGGGUAAAUCGACAGUGUCAGCAAGCAUGAUUGCAUUUUGGAAAGAUGCAGGUAUACUCGGCGGUCACUUCUUCUUCUCGAUCGCCACCACCGAGGAAUCUACCAUUGCCAAGAUGUGCCCAACCUUCGCCAGACAGAUCUUCGAAAAUAUUCCGACGCUGGCCCCAUCUGUUAUGGAUGCGGUCAAGCGACACCCCUCGAUCAUAACCAGCACCUUUGAAGAGCAAUUCCAAAAGUUAAUCGUCGAGCCCACAAAACGUCAGAACAAUUCCGUUAUAUUGGUCAUCGACGCAUUGGACGAAUGCAAAUCUGUAUCUGAACGAAGAAGACUUGUUGAGACGCUUUCUAUGGCUGUUCGGGAAAGCGCGAAUCUCAAGAUAUUCAUGACCAGUAGGCCGGAUCCUGUCAUCCAAGCCGCCUUGGGGUCACUUCCAAUCAAAGCCAAGAUGGAAGACCGGCUGCAUGACUCGAGCCAUCGUGAUAAUAUCGAUGACAUCGCAAUCUAUAUAGAACAGAUGAUCAAUGGAAUGCUGCCGGAGGAUAAGAAGCGAAGGCUCGUCAAAAGUGCCAAUGGGUUAUUCAUCUGGGCGAGUACCGCAUGUCGAAUGCUGAAAAGCGAAACGACAUGGGAUACCCAUGAAACCAUAUACGCCAAUCUCAUCUCGGUGGAUAAGACGGGAGAUAUAGAUGAUGUCUACGAGCUGAUAUUCGAGCGUAUAGAGCCGAAGUACCGUCCGACUAUGUAUGGCAUGCUCGCUAUACUGCUUGCGGCAUUCGAGCCACUCAGCGUUGACGACUUAGAAGAUAUUCUCAAGCACACCGACAUAGGCGGGGAUGCAAAGGCACUGAUUCGAAACCUAGGAAGCGUACUCACCAUAGAAUCCAGUACAAGCCUGAUUCGAUUCCGCCAUCCUACCCUGGUCGAAUACCUUCGACGCCGCUCUCAUACCACAGCUGCUGAUAGCUACAACAAGGUGCAUAUCAACAUUGCGAAGGCACACGGUCAAGUCGCAUCGUGGUGUCUCAAACGGCUCAAUUCACCAAACGAGGGUGUCAAAUUCAAUAUAUGCCAGGUCGAAUCGUCUUUUCACCUGAAUGGGCAGAUAAGGGACCUUGAGGCGAGGAUAUCAAAAUGUAUUCCUCGACGACUUCGAUACGCGAGCUCGCAUUGGUUGUUCCAUUUGACGGGAACGGACGACAAGUGGCGAGGUGGACUCAAGAGGGAGGUUGAGCACAUUCUUCAAAGCCCAUAUGUGCUGUAUUGGAUGGAGAUUCUGAGCUUCAUUGGGGAGGUGCCAAGGGCAAUAGCCGGGCUCAGAGCUGUCACAUGCAAUCCAACGGUCGGAGAAGAGACUAGAAGGAGGAUGACAGAUAUUCGACGAUUUGUCAUGGCAUUUGCGGUGCCGAUCCAGCAGAGUGCCCCACACAUCUACAUCUCAGCGCUUCCAUUUUCGCCUACGAAGUCGAUACUGCAUGUUGAGGGCCGAAAAAGAUAUGCGAAUAGUCUGGCUGUGACUAGGGGAUAUGAGGAGGCCUACUCCGAAUUUCCUAGAACUCUUCGAGGUGACCAAGGUUCCAUUUGGGCCGUGGCGUUCUCGCCUGACGGCUCGCGAAUCAUCUCCGGCUCGCUUGAUAAGACGAUCCGAGUGUGGGAUUCAGACACGGGGCAGGCGUUGGGAGAGCCACUCCGAGGUCAUGAGCAUGGGGUCACCACAGUCGGGUUCUCACCAGACGGGUCAUUGAUCGUGUCUGGCUCGGAGGACAAGACGAUUCGUUUAUGGGAAAUGGACACCGGUCGGCCAUUAGGAGAGCCGCUGCGAGGUCACGAAGACUGUGUCGCGGUCGUCGCAUUCUCGCCCGACAGCUCGCAAAUCGUUUCUGGGUCUUGGGAUAGGACAAUUCGGCUAUGGGACGUAGAAACUGGUCAGCCACUGGGAGAGCCCUUUCAAGGUCACGAAUCCUCAGUCAAUUCCGUUGCAUUUUCGCCAGACGGUUCAAGAAUCGCCUCCGCGUCGGACGAUAGAACAAUUCGACUGUGGGAGGUAGCCAGUGGUCAUCCCUUAGGAGAGCCACUUCGAGGUCACCAACAACCUGUUUCGGCUGUCGCGUUCUCGCCUGAUGGCUCGCGAAUAGUCUCAGGCUCAGCAGACAAGACAAUUCGAUUGUGGGAGGCAGAAACCGGUCGAGCAUUGGGAGAGCCGCUGCGAGGUCACGAAGACUGUGUCACAGUCGUCGCAUUCUCGCCUGACGGCUCGCAAAUCGUUUCUUGCUCGUUGGAUAGGAAGAUUCAACUGUGGGACGCAUCCAAUAGUCAGCCAUUGGGAAAGCCACUCAAAGGCCAUGAAAUUGGUGUGAUGGGCGUGGCAUUCUCUCCAGACGGCUCACGGAUCGUCUCCGGCUCGGGAGAUGGAACAGUUCGACUGUGGGAGGCAAACGCCCGCCAGCCGCUGGGAGAGCCACUCCAAACCCACGAAGGCUCGAUAAAUGCCAUUUCAAUCUCCCCUGACGACUCAAAAAUUGUCUCUGGCUCGGAAGACAAGACGAUUCGAAUAUGGGACUCAAAAACCGGUCAGCCGUUAGGGGAGCCUCUCCACGGUCAUGAAGGCUCGGUUUAUGCUGUUUCAUUCUCUCCAGAUGGUUCUUGUAUCGUGUCUGGUUCGGCAGACCGUACAAUUCGACUGUGGGACGCGAAAACCUGUCAGCCGUUAGGGGAGCCACUCCGAGGUCACAAAGACUCGGUUCUAACUGUCGCAUUCUCACCUAACGGCUCACGAAUCGUCUCUGGCUCGGGUGAUGCCACGAUCCGACUCUGGGACGCACAGACUGGUCAGCCAUUGGGAGAGCAACUGCCGGGUCAUGAACGUGGUGUCACCGCCGUCAUGUUUUCUCCAGACGGCACAAGAAUCGCCUCCGUAUCAUUCGACGGGAUACUCAGAUUGUGGGAAGCAGAUACCUGUCGGCCGUUGGGAGAGCCACUCCGAGAUUAUACAGUCACCCGCGUCGCAUUCUCGCCGGAUGGCUCUCGUAUUGUCUCUGGCUCAGAAGAUGGGUCUAUCCAACUAUGGGAUGCAGAAACAUGGGGGCCGUUGGGAGACUCACUCCGAGGUCCUGAACUCGGGGUCAAUGCCGUCGAAUUCUCGCCAGACGGUUCACGAAUCGUCUCCUGUUCGUACGACAAAACAAUUCAACUCUGGGACGCAAAUACCGGUCAACGAUUGGGAGAGCCGCUACGUGGUCACCAAUCCUCCGUCCUUGCCAUCGCGUUCUCUGCAGAUGGAUCCAGGAUUGUCUCUGUUUCGGCUGACAGAACGAUUCGGAUCUGGGAUACAGAGACUGCUGCCAGCGCGAAUAACUCGGAUCAGAAAUACGCAGAGAAUGUGGACUUGAGUGCCCAAGACAGGUCACAAGCCACCCCUCUAGGACCCCUUGUACCUGGAUUCGGAUGGCUGGGUGCAUGCUUCCGAUAA